AAAAAUAAACUCUUUUCAAUUGUUCAGCCAAGAACAGAGAAAAUUGAGCGCAAAAAUGGCGGCGAUAACAUCUACUCUAUUACACAGCAUUAGAUGCGAAGCCGACAGCUCCUCAAGCUCAACCACUAAUGCUGCGCCCAAACAGAAGCGUCUUCUUUCUGUAACAAAGCCCUCUUGGAUUGUUAGAACUGAGUCAAAUGUUUGGAGGGAAAAGAUAAAGAAGCCAGACCCACCUUGUGUGGUCUGCAGAGGCUCCGGUAGAGUUGAUUGUACCCAAUGUCGUGGAAAAGGUAGGACUAAUGAAGUUCAAUCACAAAUGCUACCUAAAGGGCAGUGGCCGAAAUGGUGUAGGAGUUGUGGUGGAAGUGGUCUUGGCUACUGCCCUCGAUGUGUUGGAACGGGAGAAUACAGAUAUAUAAUGGGGUUUCAUUUCAUGAAUAGGGAAAACAGUACAGCCCAGAAUUCUGAGAACAGUCAAGGUCGAGACACCCGUAGAAAAGUUAGUUUUGAGAAUUUCCUUCACAAUGACGAAUCAGAAUCAUGAAGCUUAGCAUAUAAACAUUGAUGUUCUGUAUCCUGCAAAAUUGCUGGUGUAGGAUGUUGGCCAACGGCUUGUAACCUUAGUCGUAUAGCCUGUAGGAUACGCCACAAUCACAUGUAUAUUAUGUAUCUGUCAGCCUUCCCAGUCACCAGUGCUAUUACAACAAAUCUUAUGUAACAAAAGGAAAUAAAGGUAGUUUCAUUAUAUAGUCAA